AUGGAUGCGUGGUGGAGAGUCAAACGCUUCAACGACAACCACAACCACCCUCUAAUCAGAAAGCCGUCCCUGACAAAGUUCCUAUCAUCACAUAGGAACAUUCCCAAAGAUGAGCAGGACUUCUUGAAGAUACUGCACGGAUGCAACAUAGAGACAUCAAGACAGAUGCAACUAAUGGCAUGGUUCUACGGGUCUCCUAACAAUGUACCAUACACGACAAAGGACAUCGCAAACCAGCGAGCUAAAUUCCGCAUGGAGUACCGCCACGCUGAUGUGGGAAGCACAGUCUCAUACUUCCAAGAUAUGAAGGCACAAGAUCCAGAUUUCUAUUGGAGAAUAAAACUUGAUGACGAGGACUGGGUGGAAAAUUUGUUCUGGAUAGAUGGUGCGUCGCACAGGGCAUAUGCUAGAUACAAUGAUGUCAUCUCAUUCGGCACAACAUACAUGGCAAACAUGUACAAGAUGCCCUGUGCGCCCUUCAUUGGCAUUAAUAACCAUGGGUAG